GGCCCGGGCCGGGCCGGGGUGCGGCGCCCGCCAUGGAGCUGGGGUCCCGCUUCAGGAACUACGAGGACUUCAGGGAGCGCUUCCGCGCCUACAAGCUGGCGCAGGGGUGCCGCUACGGCCUGCGGAGCUGCCUCUCCGUCCGCUGCCACAACCGGCAGCACGGCACCGCCGUCCGCGAGGACGUCGUGUUCAUGCAGGUGAAGUUUGGUUGUGCCCGGACCCAAAAAUACAGCAAGAAGAGAAAGCAGCAGCCCAGCUUGUGUCCGGCUUACUUUGUGUUGCAAUAUAAGGAGGACAUUGACCAGCUUGUGAUCAGCGAACUGAACAGUGACCACAUCCAUGCGGACCCGGUGUUUUCCCUGACCAGAGCUGCCACUGCGACGGCAAGCACCGCGACACGUGACGGCCCUGCAACAGAACUCUGUGAGCAGCAGCAGGUGGGUGGGACCAACAGCAGUGCUGAGGCGCAUGAGGACUCACACACGGUUGCAGGACAACCGGUGGACGGGGCGCCUGCUCCGUACGGGGCUCCCGCGCUCCCUGAAGCAGUGAAGGAAAAUGCCUCAGCGCUCAUCAGGGUGGCUGAGGUCAUGAAAACCUUCCUAAGGGUGGACAGGGGCUCGUUGGCCUCCAUCAGCGCAGACAGUGACCAUGGCCUGGACAGACUCAGCUUCCAGACCAGCAAGAUGAAGAGCUUGUUUAUGCAGUUCCCCGAGAGCCUCCUGCUGCACAGGGCGCUGAGCGAGAGGGGACACGUUCUCUAUGCUCUCCUUGUAGAGAGUGAGGAGCGAGUGGGGAAAGUGGUGCACUUGUCACUGCUGAAGGAUGACACAGCAUCCAGCAUCAGGAAAAUGCUGACCAUCUUCAAGGAGUUCAACCCCGAGUGGCAAAAGGUCCAGACUGUUUUCGUGGACGUGUCCUUCUUUCACAAAGCCAUCCUCCAAGAGCUCUUUCCUGCUGCCCAGGUGCUCCUUUCUGUCUAUCACACUGUCCGACUGCUCGAGAAGAACGUGAGGGAAGCAGAAAUCUCCUCUUCACUCAAGCAGAACUUGAUGCUGGCCUUGCAGAAGGCCGUGUUUUCCCCUUCAGCUGCAAGUCUGGAUGCCCUCUCCCAGCUGGUGAAGCGUGUGGUCAGCCCAGAGCUGUACAACUACCUGCGAGCCAACUGGUUCUCCUGCGAGCUGCUGUGGUGCCUGCACGCAGAGAAAGGUCUGCACUCCUGUGGCACGCACAUGGACAGCCUGGACCUCAUCAUGCACCGGAUAUCCAGCCUCUUUGGCUGGCAGCCGUCCUUGGAGGCGAGCGUUCUUCGUUUUCUGGAGUGUGCGGACUGCCUUGAUUCCAGGAGUUUGGAAAGCCUGAACCGGGGCUCCUCAAGCACCGAGGAGGACGGUUGGAGCAGCCUCCAGGAGCAGCCUGACGCGCGUGCCAGUGCUGCAGCAGGACCAGGCCCCGUUUCUGGCUCUCCAGCUCUUGCCGAGCGCCCUGAGCCCACUGGGCAGGCUGCAGCGGCGGGGACGGACAGCAUGCUGGCCACACUGUGGGAGAGCUGCACGGACCUGGGCUCCUGGCUGUGCCUGAAGGAGUGGGAGGUGGUGCAGACGUCCACCCAGCUGCUCAGCCCGGUGCCGGGCAGCCUCACCGUUCGGCUGCUGGAGGACGCACACCGGGUGAGCCGGGACUGCCGCAGCUGCAGCUGCUGCUUCCACCGCCGCUACCGGCUCCCCUGCAGGCAUGUCCUGGCCGUGCUGCAGGCGCACCGGGGACGUGUGGAGGAGGGCAUGGUGUGCAGGCGCUGGCAGAGGAGGUACCAGCGGCUCCCGGCCCCUGGGGCCGGUCCCCCGGGCUGUGGCGGGGGCUCGGUGGGCAACCGGCCGGAGGGCAGGGAGGAGAGAGUCCGGUCCCUCAGCCUGGAGCUGGCCAACCUGCUGAUGCAGUGCGAGGGGCAGGAGCUGGAGGAGCGCAGCUCGGCGCUGGCGGCGAUCCUGGCUGCCUUGGGCGGGGCACGCCGGGAUAUGUCCCCCCGGUAG